CUUGUGAGAAUGAGUGUGUCGGUGGCCGAUAGCUGCUUUCUGUCCGCUCUUCAGCCCAGAACCUCGUGCACCGCGUACGUGGUUCCCCCGGACGGCCCGUGUCUGGACCCCGGGGCCAGAGCCCGGAGGGUCCGGGAGCAGGUCCGGAUGCGGCUGGCGGAGAACAGGUCCUCGUCUCUGCCCAGACUGGACGACACGCGCAAUGGAUCAACAGACCACAACUAUCCUGAGGCGAAGAGUUUUUCCAACACCCUUGGUUUCAGUUCCAGAUCCAUGAUCCACACACCCAGCCGUGUCAUGGCUAUGCCCACAGCACCCCUUCGCUCCUCUGGUUUCUCGUCUCGCUCUGCUGUGGAAACCAGUUCUAAAGCUGGUUACAAACAAACCAGCGAGGUCCAGAGCAGCUUCCGGUCCUCACACCGCAGGAACACUCGCUCCAAGUCGCUGUGCCAAGCGGACCAGGAGGCCCCUGCUAUCACUGUGUUGCCUCCUCCAGAGAACGCCUCCUACCUGAUCACAGUGCCCCCCAUGGGGACCCUAAGGCGCAGCCUAAGCGGGACACUCGCCCAGGAAAGAGGCUACUGGCAGGAGGAGGAGCAGCCAAACCAAUACACCUACAAGGGCCCCUCUCACCGCACCAUCAGCCGUAUCACCAACCGACAACAGCACUACCAGCAACAGCAGCCGAGCUCCACUUUUGGCCAGGAGGGUUGGGUGGGCACAGGGAGAGGGGUCCCCAUGGCGGGGGACAGCUGGGGGACACAGUGGCAGCAGCACGUGUCCAGGGCCAGCCACGGCAUGGGGACAGGGCAGUACCAGACGUCCAUCCACCGGGCCCCCUCACUGCGCAGUUUGAGGAGUGUCGGGAAAGGAGUGGACAUCUUGGAUGGAGCAUCGAUACACAGCAACGACCCGCUGGAAGAUAUGCAGAGUCUGGACAUGGCGACAGCCGUCCAAUAUCUGUCUGAAUCAGACGCUGCCUUGCAAGUUCUUGGAGCUGCAUACAUACAACAUAAGUGUUACCAUAGCAACGAAGCCAAGAACCAGGUUCGUUUUCUACAUGGCGUUCCAGCUCUAGUUCAGCUUCUUUUCUCCAGCGACAAUCAAGAAGUGCAGCGUUUCUCCACCGGCGCCACGCGGAACCUCAUCUACGAGAACGCUGACAAUAAGGCGGCUCUCAUCGACGCCGGUGGAGUGAUGCGCCUUGUCAGCAUCCUUGGCCAACCUGACCAGGAGCUUCGGAAGACCAUCACAGGUGUCCUGUGGAAUCUGUCCUCCAGAGACAACCUGAAGGAGAAGCUUUCCAAAGAAGCUUUGUCAGAGCUAACGGAGAAUGUACUGAUUCCUCUGUGUAGCAGCUUCCCUCUGAGUGCAUCUGAGAGGGACAUCUUCUACAACACCAGCGGCUGCCUCAGAAACUUGAGCUCAGUGAACGAGAGGACAAGGCGUAAGAUGAGAGACAUGCAAGGCCUGGUAGACUCUCUGGUGUCCUACAUCCAACAAGAGGACAGGGGAGAUGACAAGGGUUUAGAGAAUUCCCUGUGUGUGAUGAGGAAUCUGUCCUACCAGCUGUACGCGGAGCUUCCCCCCUCAGUCAGACUCCGCCUGGAGGGCCAGACGAGAGCAUCUGCUUCUGGGAAGGGCGAGGCCAUCGGCUGCUUUACUCUGUAUAACAAAAAAGACACGCAGAACCAAACCAACAGAGCUGGAGCUUUAAAGGUCUCGAUCUUUGUUCUGAAAGCUAAGAACAUGGUCAGUGUUCUGGUCUCCAAGCUGCCCAGCGAUGGCCUUCAGAAAACGCCAUCUUCCGAGGUGGUGAUCAACAUCUGUGGAGCCCUCAAUAACCUGGUCACCUGCAGUUCCUUGGCAGCCCGCAACAUCUCAUACUUUCACGGCCUGCCAAAAUUGAUCGGCAUAAAGACGAUGCAUGAUAACAGCUCCGGGAGUGUGAAGGCUGCCAGAGCGGCCUCAACUGUCCUCUGCAACAUGUUCCAGUACAACAAACUGCACAAAGACUACAAGCAGAAAGGAUUUGCCAGACGAGACUUCGCCGAUGUCACCAUCUAGGCAGCAGCAAAUGAUUCAUUCCGAGCUUCAGGCCUCUGCAACAGUCGGGUUUAGUGAGCAGAGACAGAUUAACUGGGAUGGAAAGAAACAGUGAAACAUAUCUGACCGGGGCCGAUGGGACGAUGGACCCAAGUGUGUGUGUUUAACUUGGCUUAGCUUGCAGCAGAUAGCCUGAGAUGACAGUGACUAACACACACAGUGGACAUUACCCCCAAAACUGCUACUCUUUGUGUGUUUUAGGGUUUGACUCAUUUUUUCCGAACUGAUACUGAUUUGAAUGAAUUUUUGUGAUAGCUGGUAUAUAUGAACAAUGUUCAGACUAGAGAGAGAGACACGGACAAUACGUGCUUUGUGAUAUUUCGUACAUGGUUAGAGAGGGCGCACUGGCUCAAAGGAUCGGUCUACUGGCCGCUCAGUGAGUCCACCUGUUUAGGCCCACAGCCGAUCAUCUCGUCAGCUGUUGGUUGGACUGACAGACUCCCGGCCUAAAUACAUCAGCAUCAGGUCAACGUUCAUGACCAAUUACCUGCAAAACAAUUCCCCAACUCACUCUGCUGUAUUUUGUGUUUAGUGAUAAUUAGCAAAUGUUAGCUUACUAACUCCCAAAGAUAUAUGAUUAACAUUGUAAACCCUUUUCCGCUAAAUAUCUGCAUAUUUCCAUUGUGAAGCAUGGUUGCAUCAUGAUCCAAUGUACUUAAAACCAUUUCGCACAUG